AUGGGCGUUGCCUAUGAUUGGCAAGCAUGGCGGUCCCUCAAAUUCGGAAGGUACAGCAACGUCGUGCCGAAGACGCUGUGGGGCCGGCUGAUCUCGAUAAUCUACGCACUGACGGGGAUCCCGCUGCUGCUGGUGUACCUGAGCACCGUCGGCGACGUCCUGGCGCGGAGCUUCGGUCGGCUCUACGGGCGGCUGUGCCGCCCCCGAAGCUGCACGCGGAAGCCGUCGAAGGCGUACCACAACCACGUGGACUCGAAAUCCGGGGGCAAUUACUACCCGAGCAAGGACAGCUCCUGCGACGACCUUGGAAGGGCGGGGAGCGUGGUCCUCCUCGACUGCGGCAGCGAGGGGCUGCAGGCGGCCUCGUCGUCGACGGCGCUGGACCCUGGCAGCAAGGGGCACCUCCACCACGGCUUCCACCAUCGCCUGCCGUGUCCGAAGGCCGUCAGGAUCCCGAUAACUCUCUGCCUGCUCAUCAUAAUCGCGUACAUUUGCGGCGGCGCUGUCCUCUUCAAUCGCCUCGAGGGUUGGUCGCUCCUCGAGAGCAGCUACUUCUGCUUCACGAGUCUCGGCACGAUCGGGUUCGGCGACCUGGUCCCCGGUGGUGCGGCAGCGCCCUCGGCGAUCCUCGAGGAGCUCUCGCUCUGCGCCACCUCGCUCUACAUCCUCCUCGGUAUGGGCCUGAUCGCGAUGUGCUUCAACCUGGUGCAGGAGCAGGUUCUCCACGUCGUCCGGGCCGUCGGACGGUUCUGCGGCAUGGGGGGCGGCGGUCCGGCCGAGGGGGCCCCCGACUGUCGGGGCCCUGGCGCCCCCGACGACGAGGGCAUACCGAUGUCCGUCAGCAAACGGCCCGCCCCGUCACCCGGGCACCACUCCCUGCCUCGGAAGAAGAUCGGCGUCCCGGACUGCCGUGCCAACUCUCACUUCCAGCGGGGCCAGCCGACGCGACGGUCCGGAGGGCCCGGAAUCUCCCCCGACGACGGACCCGCGCACUUCGAGUACUUCGUCCCACGAAGCGUCAGCGAGUUCAACCUGGCCGCCGCCGUUUCCGACAUCGCCGUCCCCCCGCCCCCGGCCUCCGUUCUCAGGCCCGCCUCCGCGACGUCGGCGCUUCGGGCCCCCGGGGGGGGACCGCAGGGUGGUGGACGCAUCGCCGACGCCAUCAACGCCGCCAAGAGCCGGGAGAAGAUGGUGACCUUCGAGGACGAGGGCACAUCCGCCGUCGGCUCUACUCCGACGAGGAAAAACCUCACCGCUCUUGGCGACGUGUUCAUGUGA